CACUGAAUCAAACUGUCAUAAUUUAGAGGAAAAAUCCAGCGACAAGAACUCUGAAAUUUUAUUGGAAUUUUCUUCGCGACUUGGGCAAUGGCCACCGAUAUUUUAACCAGUUUCGAUUCAAUCGAAGAGAAAUUGCUCCAAGCAAAGUCCAAUUUAAAAGGUCUGAACGAAAAUAUCCGACGAAUAAUUGGACGCGAACCAGCCGACAAUCAAUUAAGAGGUGACAGGAAAAAGAAUCCAAACAGCAACGAUCAACGGCGCGGUGACCGAGGUGAUUUCAACCAAGAUUCACGAAAUCGACGAGACAGUCCGCCUCCAGCCAAACGACGAUUAAUCAACUUCAAUUCGGAAACGAAAUCAGUGUUCAGUCGAUUGUCGGGACCGCCUGGCCGUAACGAUGACGAUGUCAAACCGAAAAUCAAUUCCCGUGUCAUACGAGAACUGCCGACCCGCGAAGAAAUUGUCAAUGCACAGGGAAGCGAUGCAGCGUCUCGAGCCCGAAAUCGGCGAAUGUUCGGCUCGCUGUUGGGCACGUUGCAAAAGUUCUGCCAGGAGGAGUCACGGCUGAAGCCGAAGGAGGAGAAGAAGGCGCAAAUCGAGAAGAAGCUCGAGGAUCAACAGCUACGCGAACGGGAAACGAUGAAAAAGGAACGACAGGACCUGUUUAUGAACCGGAAGCGACAACAAAUGGAAAUCAAAAUGCUGGAAACGAAGAUGAUGCGAUUGAAGGAGCUGGCCAUGUGGGAAGAGUCCAAGAAACCGCUGUCCAAUUUCAUCCGUACGAAAGCCCGGCCGAGAGUCUACUAUCUGCCCAAAGUUCUGGAUAAAAAAUCGGAAAAGAAACUGGCCGAAUGUCGCUCCAGUUUAGACAAAUCCAUAGCAAAGAAACGUAGCGAAGUCCAUGAGGAAAUUGCCGUCAUCGAGAGUCGGUUCGCUGCGUCACGAACACAAGACAACAACGGUUUGACGGAGGAACAGAAACACAACGAAACGACGCCCACCAAACACAAUCGCCGAUCUUCACACGAUGAUGACGACAAUGACAGCAAUUACAAUUCGGACGACGAUUUGAUGGUGCAUCCGAACGAUGAGAGUAAUCUGGCGCCGGAUAUUUCGAUUGUUAAAAAGGAGCAAGACAAUUCCGCAGAGAGCCGAAAAUCAAUCACCAACGACAAUGCAAAUCUGUCCGACGAUAUAACGCCGCUGGUUCAACCGAAAACGGAAAAGUCGCAAGAGAUCACCAUUCGAAACGAAGAGGAGAGCGGUGGCACAGUCGAGGAUUGAUGAAGCGCUCGCGCAUUUAUUAUUAUUUUUAGUGGCACCCCCAGUUCCGUGUUGCGCUUUCUCUCCUCCCUUGAAUUUGAUUUUUUUUUUCAAUUUGGUCAUCACCCUGCGUCAUCAACCGGCGUCCUAGAUUCGGUUUUGUUUUUUUUCGGUUUGGUAAACAACAAACUCGAGUGUUGAAUUAGAGCUUAGAGUAUGUGGAAGUGGUUCGAUCGGUUCGUUUAGUGGCAUUUUGAGAGUUUAGAGAGCUCCUGACAAAGAGAUAGACAAUUUUCGGACAAAACAAAGAAUCAAAAAUGUUGAUCGACCAUUGGCCCGCCAUCCGGUUCAUGCCACUAGUAAAAUAUGACUUUUUUUUGGGUAUUUUUUACGAAAUGAUGUACCUUUUACGUGAAUAUAUAAAGUGAAUUUCCAAUUGAA